UCUGUCUUUCGGUCUCUCACUUUCUUUAUCAUGCUCUGUUUCUUUGAUCUUCAAUUUCAUUUUCCGACUCAAAAUUUGAUUUUCUAAGUUGAAUUUUCUCGAGAAAGAUGCAGCCUCUACGAGAUUUGAUCGACGAUGAAACAGAAAUUGUUGAGUGAAAUUAGGUUAAUUGUUUGAUCGGGCAAAGAGAAAAAAACAGAGAGAUGAGAAGCACGAACAACAUCGCUCUAGAUACGAUAAGUGCUGCUGUGACUGCGAUUGCGUCAGCUGGGACUCAAGCUUCAGUUCAGUCAUCCUCAUCAUCUUGAAAUCGAGAAGGCAAAGAAGCUGCUGAAUCCAUUGACAUUGACAACCUGAAGCUCAUCUUGUCAUAAUAGCUUGUGGCUUUGCUUUGGAGCUAAUUUAUAUUGUUGUUAUCUCUUUUGAUAAUGUUAAUGUUGGCCUAAAUUAAGAGUUAAUGUAUUCUCUGAAGCUCCAUCAUCGUUACUCCCAAAAAGAAGCACUCCUCGAUUGCCAGACUUUCAAGAAUUUCACCUGAAGAUGGUGGAGAGGGCUAUGCAACAUACAUCUGCAAUUUCAUCAUCUUCGGUUUCUUGCAGUGAUACUGAUAAGGGUAGCCGUCAUAACUCUGUAGUUCCAUCUAGUGCAUCUCUGUCAGCGAGACAUGGGUUGUCUUCUACAAAUGCCGCAUUGCUCCAUUCGCUGAGGUCUUCCAAUAAUGAUUUAUCAAAAAGAGACAUAGGCAUGUCAUCAGCACAUUGUGCUGAGGAAUCCAGUUCAAGAUGUGAACUUGCGAAAAACUGUGCUCAGCCUUCUGACCAAAAAACAUUGAAGGUUCAAAUCAAAGUGGGUUCUGAUAAUUUGUCGACGCAAAAAAAUGCUGAAAUCUACACUGGUCUUGGCCUUAAUAUCUCGCCCUCUUCCUCGUUGAAUGAAAGCCCCACCGACAGUGAAGGGUUUUCACACAAACUUUUGGAUGCCCCAGAAGAAUCCCCAACUAGUAUUCUUCAGAUUAUGAAAUCAUUUCAAGUGCAUGGCAAUCUAUUGUUAUACCCUCGUCCGGAUGAUCUGAUUUACAUGAUUGAAAAGGAAAAGCUUAAAGGAGACAUUAAACCUAGACGUGUGAUCAAGAGUAGCCAAGAAAGUUCAAAUGGAUCUGAUUUUGCUAGGGGCAAUGACAAAGUUUUAGGAGGCAAGAAACUUAAGUCAUUUGAGAGAAAUGCCUUUUCAGUGGAAUUGAAGAAUCACAUUGAUAAGGGCACUCAAAACGGCAUUGGUGUUCCGUUGAAGAAAGAAACAGACAUUGACACUUUGGCUUGUGAAGAACUUGUUGCUAAUACUCUGAAGCUUCGACUUCUAUCUAAUUCAUAUUCUGAUGUUGCCAACCGUGACAAGGGUACUGCAAGAGCGGCUAAUAACUCUAUGGUAGCUAAUAAGGUGAAGGAAUAAUCUUUCUUUGAUCUAGCUAAAGUGGAAACCUUGGAGAGAUUACCGAACCAAGAGAUUGGCUUGGUUGAGAAGCCUAAUGGAAAGGCGGUGUCCAAUGUUAAGGUUUGGGAAGAGAAGAGCACAUAUGCCAAUAAUUAUCUGUCUAAAGGUGAAGUGGAGGAUUUCAAAUUGC